AUGAACCGAGGUGUUACUUUUAAAGUUGUUUUACUUGGUGAGGGUAGUGUUGGCAAAACAUCAAUAGUCCUACGAUACACAGAAAAUUCAUUUAACGAUAAGCACAUUGAAACGGAACAAGCAUCUUUUAGAACGAAAAAAUUAAUUUUGGAUGGUCGCCGUGUUGAAUUAUCAAUUUGGGACACUGCAGGACAAGAACGAUAUCGAGCACUUGGGCCUCUAUAUUUUCGUGAAGCAAAUGGUGCCAUAUUGGUUUUUGAUAUUACGGACCAGGAUUCUUUUAAUCAAGUGAAAGAUUGGGUCAAACAAUUGAAACGAGUAUUAGGCGAUGACGUCGUACUAUGUAUUGUUGCAAAUAAAGCGGAUCUUGAAAAAGACCGUCACGUAUCGAUGCAAACAGCAGAAGAAUAUGCGAGUGCGGUCAAUGCUAAAUUGUAUAAUACAUCUGCGAAAUUAAACAAAGGAAUAGAGGAGCUGUUUAAUAAUUUAACUCAAAGGAUGCUUGAAAAAACUCCACCAACUCCGAAUAUUUCGGACACAAACGGAGUAAAUGGACGAACUGGUAUUUCUAUUCAGCAAAACCCGACAAAUCCAACGGCAAAUAAUGGGUGUUGUUAA